CCACCACUCAGCAUGUUGUUAUUCUGUCACAUGCUGGCCGGAGCCUUUCUUCCCUUCCUCACCCUUUCAGGAAAUUGGGUUUCAGCUGAGAACAUCAACUUUUACAACGUGAGACCUCCACUGGACCCCACUCCAUUUCCAAACAGUUUUAAGUGCUUUACCUGCGAUAACGCGGUGGACAAUUACAACUGUAACAGAUGGGCUGAAGAUAGAUGGUGUCCUGAAAGUACUCAGUACUGCUUGACAGUUCAUCUCUUCACGGACCAUGGGAAGAGUACGUCAGUCACCAAAAAAUGUGCCACUGGAGAGGAAUGCCACUUCGUAGGCUGCCACCACCACAGGGAAAGUGGCCACACGGAAUGUGUGUCCUGCUGCGAGGGCAUGAUUUGCAACGUAGAAAUACCAACCAACCACACCAACGCCGUGUUUGCCGUCUUGCACGCCCGGAGAACCUCAGAUGGCAGCAGGCGGAUGGUCAGCGUUGCCCUGCUCGUGUCGGUCCUGAUGGUCACCUUAUCGUGAUGCAUCAUCCUCCCAUGACAUCUUCCAGGGAGAGUCCACCUUUCUGCAGGCCGUAAGGAACCCUAAGGAGCUUGAUUCACUAUGUGCAAGGAGAAAUCACCGCUGCUCCUUAAUUACAUCAAAUUUA